CAUGACAGUUUGGUGCAUUGUGCCCAUGAGGACCGACUGACUGUCAUGUGAUUGACAGGAAGAGUCUUCACAGUUCAGAGGUGAUGUAGGUUCAGGAAAAGGCAAGGACUUACAACUGUCUCCGGUUGUUUUCUACCAUCCGGCAGAGCUAAAGUAAAAGCCAGCUCAGGUUGCUUCUGUGUGUCCUGGUUACAUCUCCUCCACUGGUUCAGCUGUUUUACCAGCUUAGAGUUUCAGUCUUAUCAGCUGGCUCACAUGUCCGGCUGCUGACUACGUCCUGACUCCCAGAGGUCCUCUUCACCGGGGCAAGGCAACAAACAGAUUGAGGAUAGGUUUAUCUGUGGCAAAAUCUUAUCGGGAGCACUGGCAGGGAGGAAACACUCCUGAUGAGUGAGAGCAAACUUGACUCCAGGGCCGUGCAGGGUUUCUGACUCUGCUGUCACUAUAGAUAGAUAUGCUUAGAUGCCAUCAGUUUGUAGCUAUGCGUUACAUGCUAUGUGUUUUUCUUCAUGCCUUAUCUGUAUAUGCCUCUCAGUCAGUCUGGCAGGAGUGUCUAAGAGAGAAAAAGUGUGCGUGCAUGCAUUUGUGUAUGAGAAAGAGCAACGGAGAGACGCUUUAAUCUGUAUUGAUUUGCAGCAGACUUGUCCUCCAUGCUUGAGAGAGCAGAUUUUGCAGGCAGAGGUACUGACAUGGACUGCUCUCGCUGUCUCCUCCUCCCUCCCUUUCUCUUCUAUCCUUCUCCAGAAUGUCUUUGCCCAACUCAGAGAACGCCUCCACCCUGGAGAACGCCAUGCAGCUCUUGAUCCAGACCUUCCAUAAGUACUCUGGAAACGAGGGGGACAAAUACACACUGAGCAGGGCUGAGCUCAAAGAGAUGCUUACCUCAGAGCUUGGCAACUACCUGGGGAACGCCCAGGAUAAGGAGGCGGUCGAUAAGGUUAUGGGAGACCUGGAUUCCAACAACGACGGGGAGGUAGAUUUCACAGAGUUCAUCAUACUGGUCGGAGCUCUGACUGUAGCCUGCAACGACUUCUUCCUGGAGUACAACGAAAAGCAAGAGAAGAAGAAGUGAACGGCCUCGGGACAAGGUGCAGGGAGGACCUUGUGGGUUUUGCAGGACAGGACAGGACAGGACAGGGCGUCCAUCUCUCCUGUCUAAAACAGUUUAGACAGGAUAGAAGCACAUCCUGUCAUGGACUUCAUAUGCACAAAUACACACACACACACACACACAUACACACGCACGCACACACACAUACACGCACACACACACGCACACACACACACGUACACAUCUAAUUGUCACUCGAGAUGUAAAUGGUGGGUGUUUGUGUAUUUGUCUGCAGUGUCCCAUCAAUCCAUUACAAACCAUGUUUAUUGCAAUGUGAGAGUUUAAGUCAGUUUCAACACCUGUCAUUGUUGAAUAUGUGAAUAUAUCUCUUUCUUUUUCCUCUCAUGUAUUUUGGAAGACACUCAAACAAAGGAAUUCCCCCCUGGAAAGAAUAAAUGUGACGUUUACUCAAACAAUACAAUGUUGGUUGUACUUUAUUACAGCAGAGAAGAGUAAGGACAUAUGAUAGACACCAGGUGGCAGCAAGUGGCCCUCGGUUGAAUCUGGUAGCUCUGACAGAGGAUUAUUCCAUUAUUUUUAAUUUGCUUUAAGGCAGAUGGGUGUGGAUUUGAAACAGAUUACUGUUUGGCAAUUUAUUAAUGUUAUAAUAUUCAUUAAACAAACAUGAGGUUGCUGUUAACGUCAUACUCUCGCUUUGCAUCAAGAAAGGUUUGUAUGAACAGGUAGUUUUCCUGUUUUUUACAGCAGAGUAAUGAGAGCUAGAAGUGACCUUGGCUGGGCCCUACACCCAUGAUUGUUUAAAAGCCCUGCUUCCUAAAAGAGAAAAAUGUGAGUGUGUAGGCAUGUGUAUGUGUGUGUUUGGGAGUAUAUGAAAAGGAAGUCCCAAGCCUCAAUAUUAGAAAGCCAGGAAACGUUUCUUUCUUUCACGCUAUCCUGUGGUGUAACACUAAUUGGAAGUUUGCGUAAAACAGUAGUUUACAGACUAUAGGAUACGUGUGUGUGUGUGUGUGUGUGUGUGUGUGUGUGUGUGAGGGAGAGAGAGAGAGAGAGAGAGUACAAAUGUGGAACACAGACACUUACUUUGAUUAAUCUGAACCUACAACCUUUAUUGGACUGGUUAAGGUGUGCACAGGAGCAGAUUUGAGAGUCAGGAAGGAGAAGGUGAGAGACAUGGGAGGAUAAUGAGAGAGGAAGUGAGAAGAGGGGAAGGAGAGUGGAAAGGUCAGAGAGAGAGAGAGAGAGAGAGGGAGAAGAGGGUGGACAGCAGCACCUUGUUCACACUUGUUCGGGAUCUGCUGGGGAUCCCACCUGGGUAAUCCCGUCCUCCAGAGACAGAAAGACAGAGAGAGACAGAGAGAGAGAGACCCACACACAGCUCCUAGUCCGGUACUGAGCUGAGCUGCAGACUUGGCCACUUGACUGUAAAAAGCCGGGGAAACUCACAGCGAGUGACAGUGACCGAGGAUUAGACAGGAGUUUUUCAGAGAUUUCUGGUGGCUUUCCUACGCGGUAACAACACUAACAGUCCUCUGUCUCUGCCUAUCCUGCUCUAUUCCUCCUUACUCUCUGGAUUGUGCUUCCUCUCGUGGUGGUCUGAUUAUCCUUUUUUUUUCAGUAUGUUAAACCUCAACUGCUGCGUCAUUAUAAAGUCAGACACAUUUAUACUAUUUAGCAUCAUGUAUUGCCCUUUUCUUCAUGAUUUCUGCUUAUGAUUUUGCAUCUGUAAGUUAUUAUUGCCUGAUAUGGCCGCUUCAGUGUUGGCCAUGUUGUCAUGUCUCUCUUGUUUAUUGAAAAUGUAUUUCUCUGUGCCCCUGAAAAGGGCCUUUUGCAUCUCGAUCAGUUGUCAGGGAACCUGGGAAGAUUGUGGAAAUAAGACAAAUCAGCCAUUCCAUGAUAAAAAGGAAAACUGACCUAAUGAAUAGGUGUUUGGAGAAUGUAGGAUAUCAUUAUUCUAGUUGCACUAAUUGUCAGAAAUGUGUUUGUCCAUGGAAGACCAGAUAAGAGGGAGAAGACUAGAGAGAUGUUGGCAGAGAUUAAUAGAAAGGGGGGUGGGACACACACACACACACACACACACACACACACACACACACACACAGAGUAUGCUCUCC